CCAUGACACAGCGUGAACUGCACUGCACUGCACUGAACUGAAUUCGACCAGACCGACUCCCCCUUGCAACGUCGACUCUUUUUCUGCUUCUUCUCUGUGGGACUCUGUUGUCGUCUGCUCCGCUCUACCCGUCCCUUCUCAUGCUUUGACCCCGUCAACUCCUGGCAUGUCCCAUCAGAGGUGGCCCAUCUCCAUCUUCGUGUUGUUUCCUUCAGAUCUCCCCUCGUCUGAGCUACCUAUCCAGGAACCUGUGCCUGUCCAUCAGACACCCUCCACCUGCUAGUAGCAGUAGUAGUUGGUCCAUCCAUCGGGGCGUAAGAUUCUCACCCUCACCCCAUCCCAUCUAUUCCUUCGAAGGCGGUUGCUUCAACCUCUUCUUUUCGCAUUCUCUUGGACUAUUUACAUUCUGCCGUGUCCAUGACUCAAACCUUCUUCCUUUUCCCCUUUCGUUUCUAUUUUCCAUAAUCACUCGUUGCCAUCAUGCCAGCGACUUUUCAAAAGACACUCUUGGCUGCCAUCAUCAAGAGCCUCCUUCGGGGGAAAUCACUGGUUCAGUCACUCUUGGCUUACUGGGGCAGCUCUCUGGGGCUUGAGACAAACACAAAGACGCGAUUUGCUAAUACGCCACGCAAAUCUGCCCAAGACUUCCUCAAAGAGGCAGAGGCUCUUUUCCUCGACCCUGUCAGUCAAGAUGGCCUGCAAGAACUAUCUAACAACCUACGAAAACAACUCCUAGAGCGACUAGAAACUGAUAUGGAGUGUAUGCUGCCGUCAUACAGUCAUCAGCUGCCAAGAGGUACAGAGGUCGGCCGCUUUGUGGCAUUGGAUGUUGGUGGUUCGACCCUCAGAGUAGCAUUGGUGGAACUGCGUGGUCGCGUGUCCAAUAUUGGCGAGGAGAGCAGGAUUGUGAGCAUGAGAAACUUCCACAUCACACCCGAGAUUAAAGCCCUAGAAGGCAUGUUGUUCUUCGACUGGAUGGCCGAGAAAAUACUAGAGACUCUAUCAGCAGAGCUAGAGCAGCAAGAUAGAUCUGAUGGACCUUUGCCUAUGUCGAUGGCAUGGAGUUUUCCCAUUGAACAAACAUCACUGGCAGGUGGCAAGUUGCAAGGGAUGGGCAAGGGCUUCGCUGCGUGCAACGGGUUGUUGGGUCAAGAUCUUGGAGAGAUCGUACGAACAGCCUGCUUGAACCGCGGUCUCAACGUAGAACUUCGAGCUAUUGUCAACGACUCUAGUGCAUGCUUACUAUCGGAGUCGUAUAACCACCCCACAACGAGAUUCGGUCUCAUCCUUGGUACUGGCGUCAACCUCGCUGCCUAUCUUCCUGUAUCCGCCAUCGGACGUGUCAAAUUUGGCGAGCGUCCUCCCCAAUGGUUCGAGAAAGCGACACAUGUCAUCAUCAACAGCGAGAUCAGCAUGAUGGGACGUGAUAUCUUGCCCUUGACAAGAUGGGACCGGCAAUUAUUGGCGAAUCACUCCCGACCUGAGUUUCAGCCUCUAGAGCACAUGGUCAGCGGCAUGUAUCUGGGCGAGAUUUGCAGAUUGGCACUUGUUGAGGCGAUUGAGUCGACUGGGGUUUUUGGAGGUGUUGUUCCUGUGUCCCUGGAGAAACCUUACUCGUUCUCAACCGAGACACUUUCUAUCAUUGAGAGGGAUACAAGCUCUGAUGCCGAAGAGGCACGCAAGCAAUUUUCCUCUCGCCACCCAUCGAGCCAACCCCCCACAGGUGCUGAUCUAUCAUUCCUCAAGCAACUAGCCGGUCUAAUCUCCAGGCGCUCAAGUGCGCUUGUUGCUGCUGGCGUACACGCUUUCUGGAACUUGCGCAUCGACAGCCAGAACAAGUUCGUGUCCACACUAUCACCCGGAUCAUCUGAGCGAGACAGCGCCGAAGCAGACCGUGACCUGGCUGAGACGACAGUAGCCUACAACGGCGGCGUUAUUGAGAGCUACCCUGGCUAUCUUGAUAGUUGUCAGUCGUAUCUAAAUGACUUGGUAGCGGCUGACAAGAUGAAAAAGUCUGGAAACAGAACAAUCAAGCUUGUGUCAGCAAAGGAGAGCUCCCUGAUGGGAGCAGCAGUGGCCUUGGCCUCUUUGGAGGAGGUCGUAGAGGGGCCAUUGGGCGUGGUUGGCUAAAGAAAAGGAACAGGUAUACGCCAUUUUAAUAUCACGUUAUAGCAUUGCAUCGGUGUUGGGCGUUUUGGUUUUUGAGAUGAAAAUGUCUUUGGAUGAUUUCUUAUGGAGAAUAUAUUCGGAUGAUGAACUUGGGACGGAGAUGUCGAUACUAUAUUAAUACAGCCCUUAGAUACACGUGUCCCUGGGAACUGCUCAUGAUAGCCUUAGGUCCCAAAAUUUGAUUCUCCAGUCUUGAAUAAUAGUCAUAUCAAAAGAUCUGCUAUCACAAUAACUGAAUUUUCUUAUGCUGGUGUUUGGUACCACC